UGCUGUUGAUAUCUCACUGACUAGCUACCCGCAAAAAGGAUCUCCAGCAUCCGUUUUGAUUUCGUGGGGAAGAGGCGUUGUUCGAUUUAAUAUUUCUCUGCCCAUCAUCGCUCACGUCUCAAGCGCCCGGUGUUUCAAGUCGAGAAACUGCAGCAACGUCUGUUGCCCUUGUGUGGCAUUGCAGAUUCAUCUGGUGUUGCUGCACAACGCGAAUAAAGAAAUAUGAAGGCGAUCGAAGUAUUCGGGCUCUACAUCGCGUUCAUUAUUUUGCCUCUUGGACACUUGCAAAACACAACAAUUUCUCCAUCUGCAAAUGUAACUAAUAGCAACUCCACCGAAGCAUCAACACAGUUCAAUACAUCCUUAUCAUUUCUUCCAAACAAUGAAACUUUGAAUGCUACAUCUGCCGCACCUGUAAAUGGUUCAGCAGUAGCCAUCACAACGUCGCCAGCGACAUCUUUACAACCCAACGGAACGGUGACAUCAAAUAUUUCAGCUGUGAACAGUUCUAUAGAAACAUCCACAUCAUUAAAUGCAACUUCUGCACCAUCAAGCCCGUCUCCCAAUGGAAUUGUGAACGAGACCUCCCCUACUCCUCCAUCAGCACCGGCUCCCAACGGAACGGUGAACGAGACCUCCCCUACUCCUACAUUAGCACUGGCUCCCAAUGGAACAGUGAACGAGACCUCCCCUGCUCCUCCAUCAGCACCAGCUCCCAAUGGAACAGUGAACGAGACCUCCCCUGCCCCUCCAUCAGCACCAGCUCCCAAUGGAACAGUGAAUGAGACCUCCCCUGCCCCUCCAUCAGCACCAGCUCCCAAUGGAACAGUGAAUGAGACCUCCCCUGCUCCUCCAUCAGCACUGGCUCCCAAUGGAACAAUGAACGAGACCUCCCCUGCCCCUCCAUCAGCACCAGCUCCCAAUGGAACAGUGAAUGAGACCUCCCCUGCCCCUCCAUCAGCACCAGCUCCCAAUGGAACAAUGAACGAGACCUCCCCUGCCCCUCCAUCAGCACUGGCUCCCAAUGGAACAGUGAACGAGACCUCCCCUACUCCUCCAUCAGCACCAGCUCCCAAUGGAACAGUGAAUGAGACCUCCCCUGCCCCUCCAUCAGCACCAGCUCCCAAUGGAACAGUGAAUGAGACCUCCCCUGCCCCUCCAUCAGCACCAGCUCCCAAUGGAACAGUGAAUGAGACCUCCCCUGCCCCUCCAUCAGCACCAGCUCCCAAUGGAACAGUGAAUGAGACCUCCCCUGCCCCUCCAUCAGCACCAGCUCCCAAUGGAACAAUGAACGAGACCUCCCCUGCCCCUCCAUCAGCACCAGCUCCCAAUGGAACAGUGAAUGAGACCUCCCCUGCCCCUCCAUCAGCACCAGCUCCCAAUGGAACAGUGAAUGAGACCUCCCCUGCCCCUCCAUCAGCACCAGCUCCCAAUGGAACAGUGAACGAGACCUCCCCUGCCCCUCCAUCAGCACCAGCUCCCAAUGGAACAGUCAACGAGACCUCCCCUGCCCCUCCAUCAGCACCAGCUCCCAAUGGAACAGUCAACGAGACCUCCCCUGCCCCUCCAUCAGCACCAGCUCCCAAUGGAACAGUGAACGAGACCUCCCCUACUCCUCCAUCAGCACCAGCUCCCAAUGGAACAAUGAACGAGACCUCCCCUGCUCCUCCAUCGGCACCAGCUCCGAAUGGAACAGUGAAUGAGACCUCCCCUGCCCCUCCAUCAGCACCGGCUCCCAACGGAACAGUGAACGAGACCUCCCCUGCUCCUCCAUCAGCACCGGCUCCCAAUGGAACGGUGAACGCGACAUCUGCCCCUCCAUCAGCACCAGCUCCCAAUGGAACAGUGAAUGGUACAUCCCCUGCCCCUCCAUCAGCACCAGCUCCCAAUGGAACAAUGAACGAGACCUCCCCUGCUCCUCCAUCGGCACCAGCUCCGAAUGGAACAGUGAAUGAGACCUCCCCUGCCCCUCCAUCAGCACCGGCUCCCAACGGAACAGUGAACGAGACCUCCCCUGCUCCUCCAUCAGCACCGGCUCCCAAUGGAACGGUGAACGGGACAUCUGCCCCUCCAUCAGCACCAGCUCCCAAUGGAACAGUGAAUGGUACAUCGUCUGCCCCUCCAUCAGCACCAGCUCCCAAUGGAACAGUGAAUGAGACCUCCCCUGCCCCUCCAUCAGCACCAGCUCCCAAUGGAACAGUGAACGAGACCUCCCCUGCUCCUCCAUCAGCACCGGCUCCCAAUGGAACGGUGAACGGGACCUCCCCUACUCCUCCAUCAGCACCGUCUCCCAAUGGAACAGUGAACGAGACCUCCCCUGCUCCUCCAUCAGCACCGGCUCCAAAUGGAACGGUGAACGGGACAUCUGCCCCUCCAUCAGCACCAGCUCCCAAUGGAACAGUGAACGAGACCUCCCCUGCCCCUCCAUCAGCACCAGCUCCCAAUGGAACAGUGAACGGUACAUCCCCUGCCCCUCCAUCAGCACCAGCUCCCAAUGGAACAGUGAACGAGACCUCCCCUACUCCAUCAGCACCGGCUCCCAAUGGAACGGUGAAUGGUACCUCCCCUGCCCCUCCAUCAGCACCAGCUCCCAAUGGAACAUUGAAUGGUACAUCCCCUGCCCCUCCAUCAACACUGGCUCCCAAUGGAACAGUGAACGAGACCUCCCCUACUCCAUCAGCACCAGCUCCCAAUGGAACGGUGAAUGGUACAUCCCCUGCCCCUCCAUCAGCACCACCAAGCCUGGCUCCCAAUGCAAUCGUGAACGGUACCUCGGCACCUGCAAUAUCUGCAUCAACGGUGCCAGUCUCAAACAGCACAUCUACACCAACGGUGUCCAGCACGACCACCACGACCACCACAGCUACCCCUGUUGUACCAAUCAAAGAGUACCCUAUUUUCUUUAAAAUUGUCAAUCAAAAAUUUGACACUGCUCUGAAUGACAAAACAAGUCCUGCUUACAACGAUCUUGUGAACAUUAUCGUACCACAGCUUGAUGUGGUGUUCAGGAACGCCUAUGGAAAAAAAUUCUCCAGAACCCGAGUUAAUCAUUUCAGUAAUGGUUCGGUUAACGUGGAUGCUGUAGCAGAGUUUACCAAUCAAAGCGCACCAAACCAGGACAAUAUACUGAGGACACUUGUGACUUCCUUGGAAAACUCUUCAAUUCCAAAUUCAACACUGCAGCUGGAACCCACAUCUAUAAAUGUGUCAGAUGUCACGCUCGCCACUCUGCCGCUGCUCAAAGUAAACAUUGCCUUCCUCGCAUUGAACAAGGUCUACAGCAGUGCCAUGAACGACACCACCUCGGCUGAAUAUGCUGCCCUCAACACUACGAUCACACAAGAGGUGCAGAAUAUGUUCAUCGGUUAUUCAAAGCAACCAGUUUCAGUGGUGACCACAUUUUCGGAUUCUUCCGGUGUGGUCGGCGUGACCUCCAUAGCAUCAUUCAACACCACGAGCGUCGUCCCGCCUGUAGACGUCUUCGACCUUCUGCGCGCCAAGAUUAGCAACAACUCUCAGUUGGCGAGCACUGAUGUCUACGUUAAAGAGUCGUCCAUAGCCAUCGAUGGUACCAAGCCCUACAAUGUGGUCCCAUUGGUGAUGAAGAUCAACACCCCGUUUGUGGCCAAUCUGGCUACCAGAUCAACCGCUGAAUACAGCGCCCUGAAUAGCAAAUAUGCAGGAGAGCUGAAAAAUGUUCUUCUUAAGAAGUAUGGGCCCAACAACCCACUGUUACUGGACACAACAUUCAGUGACACCCCACCAUCAGUGCAGUCUUUGACCAACAUUAUCUUCAGUUCCGACAUCGUCACUAACGCCACAGAACUUCGCUCCCUCGUUGAAAGUGAAAUCGCAUUCCCAAUGCAGACCUUUGGAGGGUCUGGUCUUACAGUGGAUGCACAGACACUUUCUGUCGACGGUUUUAUGUCCUCCUACGUCUACCAGGCAAUUCAUCUCCGCAUCACCAACAGACAAUUUGUCAGCGACUUAAAUAAUGUCAACACCGACGCAUACAAAAACCUCUCCAGUGAAGUUCAGCAAGGGAUGUAUGCUGUAAUCCAUGGAUUGCACAGCAACCUUCGAUUGGUCACGAUCAACAGUUUCAGCUCUGGCUCUGUGCUAGUCGAGUCGACGGCCACGUUUGCGGACGCCGCACCACUCGCACAGACGGUUCUAAACGACCUGGUCGCCAACGCAACCUUUCCCAAUGGCUUGCAGCUCGAUCCCACAAACAUCAGUGUCAACAGCGCCACACCAACAACUGCGCCUACCACUGUUGCAACGGUAAAUGCAACGACUAACGCCACGGCCGUCCCGCUGGUGAACGCCACGGCGAACGCCACGGCCGUCCCGCUGGUGAACGCCACGGCGAACGCCACGGCCGUUCCGCUGGUGAACGCCACGGCGAACGCCACGGCCGUUCCGCUGGUGAACGCCACGGCGAACGUCACGGCCGUCCCCCUGGUGAACGCCACGGCGAACGCCACGGCCGUCCCCCUGGUGAACGCCACGGCGAACGCCACGGCCGUCCCCCUGGUGAACGCCACGGCGAACGCCACGGCCGUCCCCCUGGUGAACGCCACGGCGAACGCCACGGCCGUCCCCCUGGUGAACGCCACGGCGAACGCCACGGCCGUCCCCCUGGUGAACGCCACGGCGAACGCCACGGCCGUCCCCCUGGUGAACGCCACGGCGAACGCCACGGCCGUCCCCCUGGUGAACGCCACGGCGAACGCCACGGCCGUCCCCCUGGUGAACGCCACGGCGAACGCCACGGCCGUCCCCCUGGUGAACGCCACGGCGAACGCCACGGCCGUCCCCCUGGUGAACGCCACGGCGAACGCCACGGCCGUCCCCCUGGUGAACGCCACGGCGAACGCCACGGCCGUCCCCCUGGUGAACGCCACGGCGAACGCCACGGCCGUCCCCCUGGUGAACGCCACGGCGAACGCCACGGCCGUCCCCCUGGUGAACGCCACGGCGAACGCCACGGCCAUCCCCCUGGUGAACGCCACGGCGAACGCCACGGCCGUCCCCCUGGUGAACGCCACGGCGAACGCCACGGCCGUCCCCCUGGUGAACGCCACGGCGAACGCCACGGCCGUCCCCCUGGUGAACGCCACGGCGAACGCCACGGCCGUCCCCCUGGUGAACGCCACGGCGAACGCCACGGCCGUCCCCCUGGUGAACGCCACGGCGAACGCCACGGCCGUCCCCCUGGUGAACGCCACGGCGAACGCCACGGCCGUCCCCCUGGUGAACGCCACGGCGAACGCCACGGCCGUCCCCCUGGUGAACGCCACGGCGAACGCCACGGCCGUCCCCCUGGUGAACGCCACGGCGAACGCCACGGCCGUCCCCCUGGUGAACGCCACGGCGAACGCCACGGCCGUUCCCCUGGUGAACGCCACGGCGAACGCCACGGCCGUCCCCCUGGUGAACGCCACGGCGAACGCCACGGCCGUCCCCCUGGUGAACGCCACGGCGAACGCCACGGCCGUCCCCCUGGUGAACGCCACGACGAACGCCACGGCCGUCCCCCUGGUGAACGCCACGGCGAACGCCACGGCCGUCCCCCUGGUGAACGCCACGGCGAACGCCACGGCCGUCCCCCUGGUGAACGCCACGGCGAACGCCACGGCCGUCCCCCUGGUGAACGCCACGGCGAACGCCACGGCCGUCCCGCUGGUGAACGCCACGGCGAACGCCACGGCCGUCCCCCUGGUGAACGGCACGGCAGUUCCGCCAACAAACGCCACGGUGAACGGCACGGCAGUUCCGCCAACAAACGCCACGGUCAACGGCACGGCAGUUCCGCCAGCAAACGCCACGGUCAACGGCACGGCAGUUCCGCCAGCAAACGCCACGGUCAACGGCACGGCAGUUCCGCCAGCAAACGCCACGGUCAACGGCACGGCAGUUCCGCCAGCAAACGCCACGGUCAACGGCACGGCAGUUCCGCCAGCAAACGCCACGGUCAACGGCACGGCAGUUCCGCCAGCAAACGCCACGGUCAACGGCACGGCAGUUCCGCCAGCAAACGCCACGGUCAACGGCACGGCAGUUCCGCCAGCAAACGCCACGGUCAACGGCACGGCAGUUCCGCCAGCAAACGCCACGGUCAACGGCACGGCAGUUCCGCCAGCAAACGCCACGGUCAACGGCACGGCAGUUCCGCCAGCAAACGCCACGGUCAACGGCACGGCAGUUCCGCCAGCAAACGCCACGGUCAACGGCACGGCAGUUCCGCCAGCAAACGCCACGGUCAACGGCACGGCAGUUCCGCCAGCAAACGCCACGGUCAACGGCACGGCAGUUCCGCCAGCAAACGCCACGGUCAACGGCACGGCAGUUCCGCCAGCAAACGCCACGGUGAACGGCACGGCAGUUCCGCCAGCAAACGCCACGGUCAACGGCACGGCAGUUCCGCCAGCAAACGCCACGGUCAACGGCACGGCAGUUCCGCCAGCAAACGCCACGGUCAACGGCACGGCAGUUCCGCCAGCAAACGCCACGGUCAACGGCACGGCAGUUCCGCCAGCAAACGCCACGGUCAACGGCACGGCAGUUCCGCCAGCAAACGCCACGGUCAACGGCACGGCAGUUCCGCCAGCAAACGCCACGGUCAACGGCACGGCAGUUCCGCCAGCAAACGCCACGGUCAACGGCACGGCAGUUCCGCCAGCAAACGCCACGGUCAACGGCACGGCAGUUCCGCCAGCAAACGCCACGGUCAACGGCACGGCAGUUCCGCCAGCAAACGCCACGGUCAACGGCACGGCAGUUCCGCCAGCAAACGCCACGGUCAACGGCACGGCAGUUCCGCCAGCAAACGCCACGGCCGCUCCAACGAACGCCACUGCGAACGCCACGGUCGUUCCGCCAACAGACAGUACAAGCACGGCGACCACAGUAAAAACAUCAACUCCAACCGCCGUGCCAAACGUAGCAUACUCUGUAUUUUUUAAGAUUGUCAAUGAAGGCUUUACAGCCGAGCUGGCCAACAACACAAGUCCAGCUUACAAAAGCCUUGAAGACAACAUUGUGCUACAGCUUGAUCAAAUUUUCAGAAAAAAGUACGGAUCAAAGUUCAGCAAGACCCAUGUCUUGCGCUUCCGGAGUGGUUCAGUCAACGUUGAUGCCGAAGCAAUAUUUGUGAACGACAGCCCACCAGUGAAGGAAAAUGUGCUGAGGGCCUUUGUGAGCGGCUUGGAUCCAAAUGCUACAAUUCCAAAUACAUUACUGCAGCUGGCAACUAGCUCUAUUAACGUGUCUGAUGCCACGCUUGCCACUCUGCCACUACUCAACGUAAACACUACCUUCCUCGCGAUAAACAAGGUCUACACCAAUGUCAUGAACGACACCACCUCGCCUGAAUACCUUGACCUCAGCAAUCGGAUCAACCAAGAGGUGCAGAGUAUGUUCAGCAGUUAUUCAGUGCAACCAGUUUCGGUGAUGACAACCUUCUCGAACGUUUCCGGUGUGGUCGGCGUGACCUCCAUAGCGUCAUUCAACACCACGAGCCUCAUCCCACCUGUAGACGUCUUCAACCUUCUACGCUCCAAGAUUGACAACAACUCUCAGUUAGCAAGCACUGGUGUCUACGUUAAAGAGUCGUCCAUAGCCAUCGAUGGUACCAAGCCCUACAAUGUUGUCCUAUUGGCGAUGAAUAUCAACACCCCGUUCAAUGCCGCUCUGGCCGACCGAUCCAGCGCCGGCUACAGUGCCCUGAACAGCAAAUAUGCAGGAGAGUUGAAAAAUAUUCUGCAAUCAAAGUAUGGACCCAACGUGCUCUUACUGGACACAACAUUCAGUGACAGCCCACCGGGAGUGCUGUCUUCGACUGAUGUGAUCUUCAGUUCAGACACCAUCGUGAGCAAUACAGUACUUCGUUCCCUCAUUGAAAACGCCACCACCUUCCCAGAACAGACCUUUGGAGUGUCUGGUCUCACAGUGGAUGUAACGACGCUCUCUGUUGCCGGCAACCUAUCCAACUAUUUCUCACAGUUUAUUACACUCCGCAUCCUUAACAGGGAUUUCACUUCCGACCUAAACAACGUCAACAGCGAUGCCUACAAAAACCUCACCAAAGACGUUUGGAAAGGGAUUAAUGAUGUGCUGAAACCAAAGCACAACAACCUGCAGUACAUCCUCAUCAAAAAAUUCAGGCCUGGCUCCGUGAUAGUCGAGUCAACAGCUGCGUAUGCAAACACGGCACCCGACGCAAAUAUUGCUCUGUCCGAGCUGACCUCCAACAUAUUCUUGCCUGGUGGUGGUAACCUGCAGCUCGACCCUGCAGCAAGCAGCGUGGAUGGCGUUACACCAACAACUGCCCCUACCACUGUAGCAAUGGCAAAUACGACAGCCACUUCUCCAUCGGCAAACGCAACGGCGAACGCCACAGCCAUUCCUCUAACAUCAACAAACGCCACGGCUGCUCCGCCAACAAAUGCCACUGCGAACGCCACGGCCGCUCCGCCAAUAAACGCCACGGUGAACGCCACGGCCGUCCCGCCAACAAACGCCACGGUGAAUGCCACGGCCGUCCCGCCAACAAACGCCACGGUGAACGCCACGGCUGUCCCGCCAACAAACGCCACGGUGAACGGCACGGUCGCUCCUUCAACAAACGCCACGGUGAACGCCACGGCCGUCCCGCCAACAAACGCCACGGUGAACGCCACGGCCGCUCCUUCAACAAACGCCACGGUGAACGCCACGGCCAUCCCGCCAACAAACGCCACGGUGAACGGCACGGCCGCUCCGCCAACAAACGCCACGGUGAACGGCACGGCCACUCUGCCAACAAACGCCACGGUGAACGGCACGGCAGUUCCGCCAACAAAUGCCACGUUGAACGGCACGGCAGUUCCGCCAACAAACGCCACGGUGAACGCCACGGCAGUUCCGCCAACAAAUGCCACGUUGAACGGCACGGCCGCUCCGCCAACAAACGCCACGGUGAACGGCACGGCAGUUCCGCCAACAAAUGCCACGGUGGUGAACGGCACGGCAGUUCCGCCAACAAAUGCCACGGUGAACGGCACGGCAGUUCCGCCAACAAAUGCCACGGUGAACGGCACGGCAGUUCCACCAACAAACGCCACGGUGAACGGCACGGCAGUUCCGCCAACAAACGCCACGGUGAACGGCACGGCAGUUCCGCCAACAAACGCCACGGUGAACGGCACGGCAGUUCCGCCAACAAACGCCACGGUGAACGUUCCGCCAACAAACGCCACGGUGAACGGCACUGCAGUUCCGCCAACAAACGCCACGGUGAACGGCACGGCAGUUCCGCCAACAAACGCCACGGUGAACGGCACGGCAGUUCCGCCAACAAACGCCACGGUGAACGGCACGGCAGUUCCGCCAACAAACGCCACGGUGAACGGCACGGCAGUUCCGCCAACAAACGCCACGGUGAACGGCACGGCAGUUCCGCCAACAAACGCCACGGUGAACGGCACGGCAGUUCCGCCAACAAACGCCACGGUGAACGGCACGGCAGUUCCGCCAACAAACGCCACGGUGAACGGCACGGCAGUUCCGCCAACAAACGCCACGGUGAACGGCACGGCAGUUCCGCCAACAAACGCCACGGUGAACGCCACGGCAGUUCCGCCAACAAACGCCACGGUGAACGCCACGGCAGUUCCGCCAACAAACGCCACGGUGAACGCCACGGCAGUUCCGCCAACACGCCGGAACGCCACGGGUUCGAACGCCACGGGGCGGCAGUUCCGCCAACAAACGCCACGGUGA